UUUUCUUUGGCGCUGUAGGCAAUUGAACUCGUUUUAAUGGGUUGUACUAGUAUGUAUGGAAGAAUACGUCCUGUAAAUAAUGUCAAAAUAAAACACGGCCGCGCAACGAUCAUUCCUCAUGCGAGUAUUUCAGGACGGGCUGUUUUAGUUUGAAGGAUUGCUACAUCCGGCGUAUUUGACGUCAGCUUCACCGGUCUCUGGGCAUCAAACAUUAGCUUGGUGUGUAGCUACGUGCUAGCACAACUCUCCUGGAAAUCCAACCCUGGCAGGGACUCAUCUAUGAGUCGGAAAAGACACCACAGUUUUUCGGACACAAACUUCCCCUCAGAACUCCACGGCGCCUUCAUGGAGUCCAGUGGGCCUGUGAGUCGACUCGACGGCGAUUUCCUCGAACUGGAGUCCGACGAGGAGCUACUCUGUUCGGUGAGCGACAUUACGGAGCACCUGGGCAGAAACAUCACCGUGGUCCUGGAGACCGCUCUCUCCGAGAUCCGCAAGAUGGUCAGCAUCCGGAUCCGCGUCCUGAAAAUGGAGCUGCGGGAGAAAAACGACGAGAUCUCCGUGCUGAAGGCGAGGCUGAGUUCAGCUCAGAGGGAUGCUAGGGAGAGUUUGCACGGCGCCUCCAUGGAGCCGCCGCCUGAGGCUGCCUUCAGGAAGCCAGACUCGAAAGCCAACAACACGGACCCCAGACGGGCCAAAGCCAGUGUGCCUGCGGUGAAAAAAGAAAACAUUGAUGCUAUCUGUGACUAUCUGAUGAAGGACAAGAACUCCAGGGGGUGUGCAGAGAUGGACGGGGAUAACGGGGACAGAGAGACUCGCCAGGAGACGGACCCCUUGAAUCUAUGGCCGGACAGUGGGCUGGCCGGGUCCGGGCCUCCAGCCGCGGACUCGGAGUCCAGCACGGACGACAUCUUCAGUAUGAUCCCGUCCAGCAGCAAGAGGAUGUACGACUAUGACUGGAUGCCGAUGGAGUAUUCCGCUGAUCUGAAAGUCACGCGGGACACAGACCGCGAGAACACCAAAGCCGAACACUCAGAUGAGGAUGAUGAUGAAGAACAAGAUGGGUCGUUGAAGCGGGAGGACGAUGGGCUGGAGGAGACCUCUCUGUCACAAGUGCACACGCCUGACUUCACCAUGGACCCGCAGAGUUCCCCCGGUGAGGGGGGCAGUCCUCCACAGGGACGGACAGACAGACCAGAGACAGGGCAGCAGUUUCCCAGCCACACAUACAUCUGCUCAUUGUGUGGAACCUUCUGUCCUGACGCCUUGUUCCUGGAGGAGCAUGUAAGACUGAUACACAGCGAUGCUGCUGCCCUUCAGGCUCUGAAAUCCACCGCCGUGGCUCCCCCCAGCCUGGGGAACAGUGGAGAUUCCAGUCAGACGGAGGAGCCUGGUGCAGCAGUGGGGGGCUCCCAAGAAGGGACUUCGUUUAAAAAGGUGAUCAAACUGGACAGUGGCUAUCAGUGUGGGGAGUGCGGCCGCCACUUUAACUACCUCGGGAACCUGCGUCAGCACCAGCGUAUCCACACCGGCGAGAAGCCCUUCACCUGCCCGGACUGUGGCGAGCGUUUCCGUCACGCCGCGCGGUUAAAAAGCCACCGGCUGGUCCACAGUGGUGACCAGAGCCCGUUCCCGUGCCCACAGUGCGGCAAAGGCUUCUCCGUCUUGUCAGGACUCAAGAGACACCAGCGGGUGCACACGGGCGAGAGCCCCUAUGCCUGUCCUCAGUGUGGCCGGCGAUUCAAGGAGCUGGGGAACCUCUACACCCACCAGAGGAUCCACAGCGGUGCCACGCCUUACUGCUGCCAGCAGUGCGGCCGCAGGUUCCGCCAUCUGGGGACAUACAAGAGUCACCGCUGCAUGCCCACCGAGUGACUGACCUGGAUCAGUGCUGCUGAUGUUUCCACGGUGAUGGUCGCUGGCCGAACCACGGUUCACGCUGCAACACUUUUUCUCUCAUUUCCACCACCUUUAGAUGCAAGCCAAGCAAAUCUGUGAACGAGAUGAUGAACGACAUGUCUGGUUCUCAAUCCUGGUGUUUUAAAGGCUGAGUUGUGAUUUUACAACAGCGUCCAUGACUAAAAAUGUUUAUAAUCAUUAAACACACUUAUGUGACAAAAUCAUAGCCAUUCGAAAUCAACUUUAAACUUCAUUCUUCACCAUCGAGUCAAUGCCACACACCAAGUUAGAGUUUGGAAACCGCUUUAAUUCAAACACAUAACUUAAAUACACUCUAAAAUUACAUUUUUGCCUCCUGAUGCCCUGCAUUCCUAUACGGAGGUUGUUGUUUUUUUCCAAAUUCUUUUUUCUUCAACUUAAACAAAACAUUAAGUCUGAAUUUUCAGAAAGUAGUUUAAAGUUUUUAGUUUCAAAGGUCAUCAAAAUCUCACACAUUUUCAUUAGUAGUAA